AUGAGCGCUCGUAGGAGCGAUCCGCGGGCCGAGCGGACGCGGGAGGAGAGUGACGAGGAGGAGGCGGGGAACGAGGAGGAGGCGGGGAACGAGGAGGCUGAGCAGGAGUACGGCGACGAGCCGGCGUACGACAACGGGCAAGGGUACGGCGACGAGCGGGAGCACGGCGACGAGCAAGAGUACGGCGACGAACAGGAGCACGGCGAGGAGCAGGAGCACGGCGACCCGCAGCAAGAUGGCGACGAGCAGACGCGCGCAAGACCUCACUACGCCCGCGAUGCGCUGCAGCAGGAAGGCCGGACUCGUGAGGGAGAGGCACACGCGGUGCAGCCGCAGGGAAUGCGCGGACGGAGCGAGGCGGAGGACAGGCGCGGAGUCCAGCGACGGCGGGCGGAGCCGAGGGACGGAAGCUCGCUCUCGUCAAGAGAACCGCCGCCGAGGGCCGAGCGGUACGGGGACGCGGAAGGAAGGCAGAGAGGAGUGGAGGAGAAUAUGGUCCGCUCGGCGGCUCGACCGCAUGCACAUGGAGGAAGCCGUGGCGGGGAGCAUCGCUCGCCAGAGACGCAGCUGCACUGGGAGGGGCGCCGGAAGGGAGGAUCAUGCUCACCGUACAGGCGGCAGCAGUGGGGGGAAGGGCCCAGAGGAGGCGCCGUUGGCGAGAGGGAAGGCGGGAGGAAGCAGGCCGCUCGCCGCAUGGCAUACGACAGCAGGGCAAGGGAAGGGAGGAGUGGUCGCCACCCCCAGCGAGACGUCAGCCGCGUGAAGCCGGCCCGAGGGAAUGGGAGCAGAGUCACUACUCGCCGGCACGGCGAUGGGAACCGGCGGGAAGGGAGGAGGGUCAGCGGGGACACCCGGGAGAGACGCGCGGAGAGCAGCUGGAGAGCAGGGCCAGGACUGGCAGCUUGGAGCAAGGGGCUGAGCGUGCACGAAUGGCCAGAGAGGGCCUGGAACGAGCUGGGCAAAAAGGGGGGUAUGGGAGACCGCGGGGAGGGGUGA